GAAGGGGAUAUAUUAUUGGGAGAAAAAAAAAAAAGAAAAAAAAAGAGAGAACGUCGCGACUCGCGGGUUUGCUCUUGUUCCUAAAAAGAGGAGAUUUCACGACAAAUAAAACCCUCAUCAGGUCCAGCCCUUCCGUCAUCUAGGGUUUAGAUUGCCAAUUCCCCAAUCAAAACACCACCCCAAUCCUGAUUCAAAUUACACCAAUAUUUCUGUAAUUCGGCGGUAAAAUCAUCAUGGGGAAGAACGACUUCCUAACCCCAAAGGCAAUUGCCAAUCGGAUCAAGGCCAAGGGACUUCAGAAGCUUCGAUGGUACUGCCAGAUGUGCCAGAAGCAAUGUCGAGACGAGAACGGCUUCAAAUGCCACUGCAUGAGCGAAAGCCACCAGCGACAGAUGCAGAUCUUUGGCGAAAACUCUAAUCGCAUAGUCGAUGGCUACUCCGAGGAGUUCGAGCAAAGUUUUCUCGAUUUGAUGAAACGAAGCCACCGGUUCAGCCGUAUCGCCGCCACCGUGGUCUACAACGAGUACAUCAACGACCGCCACCAUGUUCAUAUGAAUUCGACUGAGUGGGCCACGUUAACCGAGUUCGUGAAGCAUUUGGGGAGGACGGGUAAGUGUAAGGUUGAGGAGACGCCAAAGGGUUGGUUCAUUACUUAUAUCGAUAGAGAUUCGGAAACCCUUUUCAAGGAGAGGUUGAAGAACAAGAGACUCAGGGCGGAUAUGGCUGAGGAAGAGAAGCAGGAGAGAGAGAUUAAGAAGCAGAUUGAGAGGGUUGCUCAGUCGAUGCCCGUGGGUAAUGGGGUUGAUCAAGGUUCAGAAGAUGAGAUCCAUAGGAAAAUUAAAGUGGAGAGUGGGGUCAAGAUUGGUUUUGCACUUGGGUCCUCGAAAUUGGGUUCGAAAGAAAAAGGGGAGAGCUCGAAAUUGGUUUUUGAUGAGGUAGAUGAUGACAAGAGUAAGGUUAAGAAUUCGACGAAAAAUGGAAGUAGUGGUGGCGCGGGGAGCUUGGCAUUGGAGGAGUUGAUGAGGGAGGAUGAGAAGAAGAAGGAGAGGAUUAAUAGGAAGGAUUAUUGGUUAUGUGAAGGAAUCAUUGUUAAAGUUAUGAGUAAAGCAUUGGCUGACAAGGGUUACUAUAAGCAAAAAGGGUUUGUGAGAAAAGUGAUCGACAAGUAUGUGGGGGAGAUUGAAAUGCUUGAAAGCAAGCACGUCUUGAGAGUUGACCAGGCAGAGCUGGAGACCGUGAUUCCGCAAAUUGGGUGCCUCGUGAAGAUAGUGAAUGGGGCUUACAGAGGAUCAAAUGCAAAGUUGCUGGCAGUGGACACAGAUAAGUUUUGCGCUAAGGUGCAGAUAGAGAAGGGUGUGUAUGAUGGUAGAGUUCUUAAAGCUGUUGAGUAUGAGGAUAUUUGUAAACUUGCCUAAUGAGUUUGCUUGAAAACCUUUUUAAUUGAGACUGUACUAUAUUUUUUUAUGAUUGAUCAUCUGCCUUUCAAAUGUGUUACCUUGUUUUGAAUGUCUAUUUGUUACCCUGUUUUUAAAGUUUAUUCUGAUACUUUUGCUGUUUCUUCUGUCUCCUUGUAUGUUUAGGCCUUGAAAGUUUGAACAUUAUUUUGUAACGUUUAUCACUAAAUUUUUUUUACUUAUAUCAGUUUGUGUACAGUCAUAGUAGUUUGGUUGUAAACUCAUUCCUGUCUUUCAGUUAUAUUGUAAUUAGUAUAUUUAACUUUGUAUAUUAUAUGGAAAUUCACACUGCAUAUAGCAUCUGAAUAUGCAGAUUCAUUCAUCAUUGCGGACAUUGUUUAGAAGACAAAAUAGAAAUUUCCAUGCAAUUGCUGGUAAUUGAUAACAUGACAUUUUUUCUAAUUUGUUGCUAUGGUUUAUGUUUUUUAUACGUUUUAGUCUGACCCAAUUUUCUACAGCCCCAUUCUUGUUCGUUCUAUAUUACCUAACAUUGAAGUGUUUCUGUGUGAUACGUAUUCCUUCAAGAGCUGAACACAUGUGGGAGCUCUCCAACUUUUGGGCACUGAUGCAUGAAGCAAUGGAUUAUUUUUUUCCUUCAGGAAAUUUUACUACCAUUUACGAGGUUUUAUUUCUUCCCAAUAGUCAUUCCUGGGUAAACAAAUAUUUCUUGUGGGCUUUUAUGGUAGGUAGUUUGGGGUUUCUUUGGUAUGAAUAAUAUGAUUUCUUUUUUGGGUAUAUGAGACUUCUUUGACUCACUCUGUUGCCUGCAUUCUUUUUCAGUUGGUUGUGGGGUUGAGUCUUCACCCAGUUGAUGUCUGAAAGUAGGUGCUUGGUAAUGGAAAAGUUGAAAAGCAUAUUAAUGUGGGAUGAGAUACUAGGUACAGCAAUAGAGGUGUUAGGAUAGUUGUGUUGUGUCCUCGUCACAACUGCUGCCUCUCAAGAUUGAUUUUGCAAAGUUGGUAUGAAAAAUUCUUUAUGUCAAAUCAUACCUGCCUAUUAUGUAUGCCCUGGUUCUUUUGACACCAGUCUAGAGCCUCUGUGAAUGGUUUUCUGCUUGUGGAAACCAACGGUUCUCAUUGCACAUGUAUUCCAUGGUUAUGUUUCCAUUAUUUUUAUGCACUGUUACACGGUUCUUUUUGCAAUACAUAUUUUCUGUGGAUGAACAAGUUGGGGAUUUGCACUUGUACAUCCUUUUCCCUUAUUAUGUAUUAGGGUUGAGAGAAAUAGCUGUAUUUACAAUGGAAAGAUGCACAAAGAGGCUAGUAGCUAUGAGAUAAUAAGUUGCAGGCCUGACGUUUUUGAAGCUUUAACUGUGGGAUCUACCCCAGUGUACUUGGCUCUGUAGUAGAAGUUUUGGAUUUAGGUGUUUGGUAUGUUUCUUGCUUUGUUGUUUUGUUUAAGUGCUGUACCAUGGCAUAAAUUUACUUUUUUUGGUCUCUCUUGUUUUGAAUGUAAGUUUACUAAAUCACCCAGUUAUUUUGGAUAAAGCUGAAGAAAAUGCAUCUGGUUUGCUGAGUUGUUCUGUGGUGCAUCGGCUGUAUAGGUACAGCCGCUCACAUGAUAGGCACGUGAUGUUUUUUAAAAACAAUAGGAACCGGCUGUUUUGGGUAACAGGUUAAAAGAAGGAAAACAAAACCACGCGCUCGUUCUUCAACUUGCUCUGAACUGUCGCUCGUCCUACUCCUCUGUAUUGUGGAGCUGGAUAGUCUCGACGGCGCAAACCGGUGGCAGAGGACGGGUCGGACUCGCUUGAAUCGUCUCAGAGCUGCAUCGGCCUUUCGGACCUGCGAUCGUUGUGUCGUCGUGUGAAGAUGCGUUAGAGUUGUUGGGUGGUGCUGCGUUCACGGCAGCAGCGGCGGCGGCGCUGAUAUUGUUGGGAAACGUCAUCGUCGUGGAGGCUUCGACUUCGCCUUCGGCGUUCGUACAAAACGUCAUCUACUCAACAAGAUUGCCAUCUUCUCCAAUUCCUAUUGCCCCUCCUUGCAGUGCUUGUAGCAAUUGUUGGUGUGGGUGCUUUUCUGUGGUGGGCAAGGCAGGAUAUGGUUCAAGACAGUGUAAGGCUACUUCUAUUUUUUCUCUUGCUCACUUCUUAAAGCUCAUAGUUUUCUUCAACUGUGGUAUCAAACAUCUAUUGUUGCCUAGUUAAAACACAACCCAAGUUGUUGAGUGCCUUAAGUUCCAUGCUCUCAAUUUAAUUUCCAUGUUGGCACCUACAAGUGACUGGUAAAACCUUUUUAAUUAUUUAUGUCAGGUUCAAUUAUUUUUUUAAAAUAUAUUAGGUCUUACAUGAUGUUUUGGCAUUUGUGGACGGUUAAUUUAUCAAUCUACAGAUCUUCUAGUGGAUAGUGUACCGUGUACCGAAACGCUCUAUGAUUUUCUUUUAUUUGGAGUUGACAAUUAAGUAAUGUUGGUGUGCUCUUGAUUUCAAAAAACUGUAUCACAGGUGGUAUAUAAACAGGUAAUCUGGAUUGGUGUUGGAUAGUUUCCAUGGAUAGGCAUGUAGAAAUCUAUUGUGUUAUAAUGAGUUCAUGCUUUCCCAUGUGAGAUGUAUCAGAUAAAUGCAUGAUAUGUAUAGGAUGUUUGGAAAGGGUUUAAGUACGCAAGUGAUACUCUUUCAUGUAACAAUUCACGAACGCUUCAUCCACAUCUUGUAAUCAAGUAAUGUCAGAGUAACAUCAUGAGGGUGAUUUUCAAUUGUGAAGUUUUAUUUAUUUCUUACUCUGAUGUCUUCUGCUUUUAAUGAACAACAACCAUUGUUCCCAUAAAGUGCCAUAUAGUGAGGACUUGAGAAAAUGGUUAUGCGCCAUAUGUUGUUCCCAUAAAGUGCCAUAUAGUAAGGAUGGAUUUCCCAUAAAGGUUUUCU